AUGCUCUCCUCCAGACUCAUGCGGAACGCCGUUCCGCGAGCCACCUCCACCUUCAGAUCAUCAGCAUACCGAGCGCCCAUAUCGUCGCAGUUCCGAAGAGGAUAUGCCGAGGACACCAAUGCUGAGAGCGGCAAGGUGAAGGGUCCCAUCAUCGGUAUCGAUUUGGGUACCACAAACUCUGCGGUCGCUGUUAUGGAGGGCAAGGCGCCGCGUAUAAUAGAGAACUCGGAAGGUGCGCGGACAACUCCAUCAGUCGUUGGCUUCACCAAGGAGGGCGAGCGGUUAGUCGGUAUCUCUGCAAAGCGUCAGGCCGUCGUCAACCCAGAGAACACCCUCUUCGCCACCAAGCGUCUCAUCGGCCGCAAGUUCUCGGAUGCAGAGGUUCAGCGCGAUAUCCAGCAGGUCCCAUACAAGAUCGUCCAGCACACCAACGGUGAUGCGUGGUUGGAGGCCCAGGGCCAGAAAUACUCUCCUUCGCAGAUUGGUGGUUUCGUGCUCGGAAAGAUGAAGGAGACUGCUGAGGGCUUCCUCGGAAAGAACAUUAAGAACGCUGUUGUCACCGUUCCCGCAUACUUCAACGACCAGCAGAGACAGGCUACCAAGGACGCUGGACAGAUUUCCGGUCUGACUGUGCACCGUGUGAUUAACGAGCCAACUGCUGCUGCUCUGGCGUACGGUCUUGAGAAGGACGACAAGGUUAUUGCUGUCUACGAUUUGGGUGGUGGUACCUUCGAUAUCUCCAUCCUCGAGAUCUCCAACGGCGUUUUCGAAGUCAAGGCUACCAACGGUGACACCCACCUCGGUGGUGAGGACUUCGACAUCUCCCUCGUCCGUCACCUCGUCCAGCAGUUCAAGAAGGAGCAAGGCAUUGAUCUCUCUGGCGACCGCAUGGCCAUCCAGCGUAUCCGUGAGGCCGCGGAGAAGGCCAAGAUCGAGCUUUCAUCUUCGCUCCAGACCGACAUCAACCUGCCCUUCAUCACUGCCGAUUCCUCUGGACCAAAGCACAUCAACACCAAGAUGACCCGUGCCCAGCUCGAAGGCCUUGUCGACCCGCUCAUCAACCGUACUGUUGACCCCGUACGCAAGGCCCUCAAGGACGCCAACCUCCAGGCCAAGGACAUCCAGGACGUGAUUCUUGUCGGUGGUAUGACCCGUAUGCCAAAGGUCAUCGAGUCCGUCAAGAGCAUCUUCGGCCGCGAUCCAGCCAAGUCUGUCAACCCAGAUGAGGCUGUUGCCAUCGGUGCCGCCAUUCAGGGUGGUGUCCUCGCUGGUGAGGUCACUGACCUGCUCCUUCUCGACGUCACUCCUUUGUCCCUUGGUAUCGAGACCCUCGGUGGCGUCUUCACCCGUCUGAUCAACCGCAACACCACCAUCCCCACCAAGAAGUCGCAGACGUUCUCUACUGCUGCUGAUUUCCAGUCUGCCGUCGAGAUCAAGGUCUACCAGGGUGAGCGUGAGCUCGUUCGCGACAACAAGCUUCUUGGCAACUUCCAGCUCGUCGGUAUUCCCCCGGCUCACCGUGGUGUGCCACAAAUUGAGGUCACCUUCGACAUUGACGCCGACUCCAUCGUUCACGUUCACGCCAAGGACAAGUCCACCAACAAGGACCAGUCCAUCACCAUCGCAUCCGGCUCUGGUCUGAGCGACGACGAGAUCCAGAACAUGGUCAACGACGCCGAGAAGUACGCCUCCGCCGACAAGGACCGCAAGAACGCCAUCGAGGCUGCCAACCGCGCCGACAGCGUCGUCAACGACACCGAGAAGGCUCUUAAGGAGUUCGAGGACAAGCUCGACAAGACCGAGGCCGAGCAAAUCCGCGAGAAGAUCACCACCAUGCGCGAGUUCAUCGCCACGAACCAGACUGGCGAGGGCUCUGCCACCGCCGAGGAGAUCAAGGAGAAGACCGACGAGCUUCAGACCGCUUCCCUCACCCUCUUCGACAAGAUGCACCGUGCCCGCCAGGAAUCCCAGGAGGGCCAACAGCAACAGCAGGACCAGUCCACUGGUGAGCAACAACAGCAACCAGGCAGCGAGGGCGAGAAGAAGCCUUGA